GAGAGAGAGAGAGAGAGAGAGAGAGAGAGAGAAAGAUAGAUAGAUAGAUAGAUGUAGCCAAAGAGAGAGAGGUGGAAGAGGGAAAGAGAGAGAGAGACUAAAAAAGGCGAAAGCAAGACGGUUGUCUGCCUCCUCCUCCUCCUCCUCCAGCUGUGGUUAAAGACUUUCCAGGCCACAGAAGCCGCCGCCGCCGCCGUCCAUUUCUCUCGCCAACGAAGCUGACCCAUCUGGAGCAUUUGCUUUCCUCUCCGAGAAACACAAACAUCUUCGUUGUUUGUGAAUUCUCAGACCUGACGACACACGAAGCCACAACUUCAGUUAUUGGGCACAAAACUCUAUUUACUUUGCCAACCAACUGACCAGCGGACAAAGGAAACAAAACAGAAAACACGGAAAUCAAUGAGAAGUUUGGAGGGGAUACCUGGAUGUGGUCAACCUUUUUGCUAGAGAUAGCAGCGAAAUAUUAUCCAUCUUCAAAUCGUACUGUCCUGGGGUGAACGACCGUCAUCUACGUAACAAGGUUUUUUCCUAAUAUUACAGCAGGCCUGGGUGGGGGUGGGGGUUGCACUACAACCAACAACAACAACAACAACGAGCGGAAUUAACCAGAACAAAAUAGAAAGAAAAAAUAAAUAAAAAAACAAUAUUAAAAGCCAGAAGUUAUUCCCGUCUUUGGACUCAUUGUAGAAAAUGGGAAUUGGAGAAAAAUAAUUAUUUACCGGGAAGGGUUGAAACAGCAACGGAAAAUUAGGGGUCAGCUGUAGAAAUGGGGAACGAAACCAGUUCAGCAACACAAGAGAAUGAUAUUUCCAGUUUUCGCAAAGAGAAACUUCUUCAUGAGUUCCAUACGUUUUUUGAUUUUAACAAAAGUGGAUAUUUAGACUGGAAAGACUUCGACUUAUGCAGACAGGAGAUAUGUCGAAUAAGCGGCUGGAAGAGCGAUGGCCAGGAGGAGAGGGUUCGUGCCUGCAAUGUGUUCCUGUCGGUGUGGGAAAAGCUCCAGGCCGUGGCAGAUUUCGACAGUGAUGGUCACAUCACCGCUGAAGAAUGGAUCAAAAUGUGGACCAAUCUGGCACUGAAUGCGGCAACAUCAAAGAAAAGCAAAAUCAAAGACAGGAACCGCCCUCCCCCUGCCGCUGGACUCACCCACAACAUUCCUGAUUGGUUGGACGACUAUAUUGAAUAUCGCUUUAGUUUAUACGACAGAACCAGAGAUGGAAUCAUCGAUAUUGAGGAAUUCGAGUAUGUUCUGUCAGACUUUGGAGUUCCUGCAAAAGACGCCAGGACUGCAUUCAUCAUAUUCUCAAAGAACCAAGAAAAGGUCGUCGAUUUAGAGUAUUUCAAGGAAUUGUCUUUCGAGUAUUUCCAGUCGGAUGAGCCGAGCGAUUUGGGCAACUUCAUUACGGGCAGACUGAAUUUCCUUGAUUGAAAUCAAACACCGCGUAUGUCUUG